AUGCGGCAGCAGGAAGCUUUCUCCAGGCGACAGACCUACCUCGAGGACCGGUUCAACCUGAGGCGGCACGCGACGCGGGGCAGCGCAAAGACCGAAGAGCGAACCACCACGCAGCCCGACUACCAAGCUCGCAACACCGACCACGACUCACCCACAGCAAGCACGCGAGGCUGCACCCAAAAGCUCCUGCACGCGCUUCUCGGACCCAACACGAGACUGGACUACGCAAACGAGGGCGCCACGGCCGUCAUGAUGCAGGCCGGGGUGGGGACGCUGGGGACAGACUGCCCGACCCUGCAGCCGGGCGCGCGCCAACGCGCCCGCCAGCGGAAGAGGAACGCUGCCGAGCCAACGCCAGCAAGGGGACCGCAGAGCGUCGCCAACACGAGGGUGCCACUGCCGCCCAGAGAAGAAGCAGAAAGCACCUUGCACCAGCAGAGCGACCACCGCGACCACCAACACCACGCGCAGCAACACCAGCGCGACGAGGAACACCGCAGCGGCAACAACGCCCACGACCGCGACAAGCACCACGCGCAAGAACACCAGCGCACAGCACAAGGCAGCGACCAAGACCACUACGUCCUGCACCACCACGAGCAUCAGCACCAGCGCAACCCCUCCAAAAGCCGCCGCGACGCGCGAUGGGGUUACCGAGGCGUUCGAGCGGGCGAGGCCAGCCACUCAGGACCUCCAGACGCAUCCGGGGACAGCCCCCGAAGACCGCGCCCGAGACACACGACGUCACCACCAGAGUCGCCAGAGCACGCGCCCGGCGGCGCGGCGCCAAUCCCGUCGCAGGGAGAGACCCCACCACGGGCUCUGCUCCGGCUACAAGCCGCAGGUUUUCAGCUUGGCGCGCAAGCCGUGCCGGACCACUUUGGCGCCGUCUUCGGGAGGGCGCCAGAUAGCGGAUGGAACUUCGCGGGCCUAUUCGCCCCGCGCGGCGACAGUCAGGGCGAGGCAGCAGAAGCGGCAGCAACGGCGCGGGAGGAGCCGGACCGACCACCAGCGCCGACGGAAGAUGCCAACAUCUGCGUCGUCUGCCAGGAAGUGACCCCGCACCAUGGGGCGGGCAGGGACACACCAGCACAGGAGGCAUGCUGUGGCGCCCACUUCCACUUGGGCUGCCGAGCCGACUUGGCCCGCCACCUCGGCGAAGCCACCGCAUGCCCGCAGUGCCGAGCCCGACUUCCGACCACCGCCGAGUUACGGGCAUGGUGCACCGCGCAGGGCGUGGACAUAGACCGACCGCCGCCCCCGGCCCACGACACCAGCGCCCAGGCUGCCCCAGAUUACAAUGGGUUUCGGAGCUACGCGCGAGGCAAAGAACCACCACCACUGGAGCCACCGCUGCUCCGAGCGCUCUGCUGCCGACGUCUCGGCCCCCCGCCCGAAUUCUCCGAAGUGCCCGACCGCCGCAUGGAAUGGUCCCCGGAGAUCGCUGAACGAGACACCAACGGGAGGAUCACGCAGUGGCUAGAGUCAUGGCUUUGCCCACGCUGCGGGGCGCGCUGCGCUGUCGACACGAUCGCGCCACAGGGCGGCCAACAGAUGCGCGCGAGGUGCCUAGAGCCGGGCACGUGGGCCGCGGAAGCCGGCACGGCUGAAGGCGAAUGGAGGUGCGCUUUGUGCGAACCAGACGCCUGGACCAGAGAAGUGCCUUCUGCCUCGCCACCAGCCCCGCCAGGGCCAGAGCCACCACCGCCAGCCCCCCCACCAGGGCCAGAGCGAGCCGCCGCGAGGCCGCCACAACACAGCCCUUUCGCCGGCUGGGCCCCACCGCAAGCGCCCCUCCAGGCACGCACCAACUCGGCAGUGUACGCGCCCCUGCUGCUAGCGGUCGCCGGGCUUUUAGACCCAAGCGAAGGGGCGCAGUGGAGUGAGCACCGCCUCACACAGGCUUGCUGGCAGCCGACGGUAGAGACGUUGCGGCUUGCAGGACCUGUGCUAACAGGGCCCUUUGUCCAAAUGCGUCGUGCACCGACGCUCGGCCCGGGCAAGUACCAGCGGUGCUUGCUGCAGACGGAGGAGAGCGCCCAGGGUACGUAUCCUUUGCGCCACAGCACCAGCUACAUACAGCCGCUGGUGCAAGACCUCCUCCUCGAAGCCUUCGGCGGCGGCGUGCUUGCACGAGGGGUUGACGCACGCACAAACGAGCUGCGCAACCCAGCUCUCUGGGCAGAUGCGGCGCCCCCGCCGCCGCUCCCACCGCCAGGGGCGCCCCAGGGGCCGGGGCUGCCUGGAGACCAGCACGCGAACGGCCCUGCCGCCGGAGACGCCAACGACGGCGACAGCAACUCCAGCGAGAGCAACUCCAGCACCGAGGAGACCGACCACGAGCGGUUCCGCCAGGGCGACUGGCUGGCCCUGCUACACGAGGCCAACACCACGACCGGACCGUCGGGAGUCCGCGUUGAGCACCUCAAGCCGCUGCUGGAACACGAAGAGCCCAUGGACCUGCUUGUAUUCGCCGCCGCUGCCCUCGCGGAGGAGUUCGAAGCACCCGAGGAGCGGGACUACGAGUCGGCAGGUGACAUCCUCGUGCACGGCAGCCGUGCAUCCGUCCUGAUGGGCAAAGGUGGAGAUGUGCCAGCGUCGGGCGGGCCUCGGAAGCGUCUCAGCUUCGACAGUGACGGCGACGAGACCGAGGCCCAGGGGAAGCCCUCAGACGCGCAGGUGGACGACUUCUUACGGAAGCUUCAAGAGCACGAGGAGACGGUGAAGGUGGACUCAGGGGCGGGUAAGAAGGGAUCUCCAGGGCCGACUACGCCGAAGUCGGGGUCUCCUACGAGCUGGGAGAAGGUGUCUUCCCCAGGCGCGUCCAGUGUCGGGGAGGCCGUGGCACAGCUGGAGAUCGAGGCGCUCGUGCUGGCGCGGGGGGUCGACCGGCGCGCAGACGAGCUCCGCGACCCGGCCAGGAGAGAGGCGGGGCAGCAAAGGAUCCCCAAGGAGCAACUCCUGGAGAGGUUCACCCGCUUCGAGGCUGGAGACUGGGCGCAGCUUCUGACAGAAGCACAGCCGGGCCCGCCGCGCAGGCCGCCCGAGCGAGACGCGAACGGGCAGAGCAGGGCGCCCGAGGCACGACGGGGCCGGGCGCCAGACGAAAACGAGGAGCUCCGCAGCCGCUGCGAGAGGGCCCGCGAGCUGAUCCGCCUCGGCGAGGUCUCGGCGGCGCGGCAAGCGCUGACAGCGAGCGCGGUGGCACCAGGCACACAGGCCACUCUGGACGAACUCCGGGACCCGGCACGCCGCCUGCAGCAGCCGAGAGAGCAGCUCAGCGAGCGAGCCGCCCGCGCGCCGCCGCAAGGCCUCACCAGCCUGGAACCAGACCGCCUCCUCACGAACGUGCGCAGGAGUCGCCGGGGCGCUGCGCCGGGCCCCUCAGGGAUGUCGGGAGAACAGUUGCAGACGCUGCUGGACGACGAGCACUGCUGCGACCUCCUGCACCACGCUGCCACGCUCCUUGCGAGGGCGGAAAUCCCUGGCCCCGUGGCAGAGGCCCUCCGGCUCGGCCGCCUCACGGCGCUGCGCAAGAGCAACGGGAGGGUGCGAGGCAUCGUGACUGGCGACGUCUUCAGGCGGCUGGUAGCCCGCACGCUGGCGCAGCAAGUGGGCGAAGAGGUCGAGCAGGCGACUGCCCCCUUCCAGUUCGCACUCUCGACCCGAGCAGGCACGGAAUGCGUGGCGCACCUCGUGCAGACUCUCACCCAGGGUGACCCGGCUGCCACGGUGGUUUCCAUAGACGGGUCCAGAAACUCGAUGCUCGAAGGCCACGGAGCUUUCGUCGCCCAACACCUGGAGGCCAUCCUGGAAGAACACCGCCGCUUGCUCGCGAGGAUACCACACGUCGGGGACCUGCAAUCCUCGUGGCUCCUGCUCAGCAUGUGCGCCAACCCCCGGGCCAACUUCUUCCUGAGGGCGCUGGCUCCCGAGGACACGGCCGCCUUCGCCGCAGCGCGCGACGACAACCUGGCCAACGCGCUCGCCGACUUGCUGGAACUCCCGCAAGAAGCUGUCGCAGAAGGCACGUCAGCGCGCCAACGCUGCCAACUGCCGCUUUGCAUGGGGGGGCUCGGCCUGCGAGGCGCGCCCAGGACGGCGCCAGCGGCCUGGUGGGCUUCCUGGGCAGACUGCGCGCAGAUGCUCCGCGAACGCUGCCCCGAGCUCACAAACCAGAUCUGCGCUGCACUGAGCGAGCUGGACUGGGGCCCGCUGCCGGCCGCUCCCGGGUGCUUACAACAAGCCAGCAGGGCAAAGGAGCACCUCUCGGCGCACGGCUUCGCCGCGCCCAACUGGCACGACCUUGCGCAGGGCGCCCGGCCACCGCCGACGCACGAACGGGAGCACGGCGAAUGGGCGCACGGCUGGCAGUUCUGGGCCGCCAGAGUCUUGGAGAACACAGCCCGACAGCAGCUCCUCAACGCCUCCACGCCGCCGGACCGCGCCCUCCUCCGGUCGCAGAGCGGGCCGUGCGCGGGACGAGCCUUCACCGCGCUGCCCACGACGGGGGACUUCCACAUCCCGCCGGCAGAAUUCAGAGUCCUGCUCCUCAGGCGCUUGCGAUUUGAUUUACCCUUCGCAGCGAGCGCUUGCAGAUGCAGAGGCAGACUGGACGCCAGAGGUGACCGCAGAGCGGCGUGCCCAAGGGCAGGGGUGCUCAAGAAAAGAUCCAUCCCAUUGGAGAAAGCGGCUGCGCGUAUCUGCCGCGAGGCCGGGGGCCGAGUCGCAGAGAAUCAGCUCCUGCGAGACCUCAACGUUGACGGCGUCGACCCCCGCGACGGGCGCAAGAUCGAGGUCAUCGCGAACGGCCUGCCGCUCUGGGGAGGAGCGCAGCUGGCGAUUGACGCGACCCUGGUGUCGCCAGUCCGCACCGACGGCACCGCGCAGCCCAGAACCGCGGACGAGGACGGAGUCCAGCUCGCGGUCGCGCGGGGCCGGAAGGAAGCGACCUACCCCGAGCUCAUCGGGCCAAGGAGAUGCCGAUUGGUUGUGCUGGGCUUGGAAGUCGGCGGCAGGUGGUCCGAGGAGGCCCUGACCUUCGUCCGGCUGCUCGCCAGGACCAGAGCCCGCAGCGCGCCGCAGCGACUCCGAGCGUCGGCGCGGGCGGCGUACCUACACCGCUGGACAGGCUUGGCUGCGGUCGCGGCCCAGAGGGCGUUCGCGGCCACGCUGCUGGAGUUGCCGCCGCACGCCCUGGCCGUCGACGGGGACGAGCCGCACCUCGCCGACCUCCUGGCGGACGCCCGCUACACGGAGACGCCG